AUGUCGGCAGAGGGAAAGAAGCCGGAGACGGCCAGCAAGGAUGCUACGCCUAGCAACCCUCGAGGAAUCCCCAAGGCGCCGUUCGUCGACAAGGUCGAGGACUACGUCACGACCCGCGAAGAUGUCGAGCCCACUCUGCGCAACUUCCAGGAGAUGAUUUCGAAAUACCAGUUCAUGGAGCUGAACCUUCAGAAGCGCAUGGCUGGAUUGAAGGACAAGAUUCCCGACAUCCAGAAGACGCUCGACUCCGUGCAGUUCUUGAAGCUGAGACAGGAUGAGGACGAGCCGAUUGAGACGACUUUCGAGCUGAACGACACUCUAUACUCCAAGGCGAAGAUCCCGCCGACGAACGAGGUCUACAUCUGGCUGGGCGCCAACGUGAUGCUGUCGUACCCCAUCGAUGAGGCCGAGACGCUGCUGCAAUCCAAGCUGUCGACGGCGAAACUGAGUCUAUCAAACUGCGAGGAGGACUUGGACUUCCUGAGAGAGCAGAUUACGACCAUGGAAGUUGCCAUUGCGAGAGUCUACAACUGGGAGGUUGUUCAGAAGCGCAAAGACAAGGAAGACGGAAAGGGCGCCGAAAAGGACGAGGACAAGACCAAGGCCGGUGGCUAG